UUAAGUUAAAAAUAUUAAGGAUUACAGAAGAUAAAACAUUUAAAGUUGUAUGAGAGAGCAUGAAGACGAACGAGAUGAAGACGAGCGAGAGUAAGACGAGCGAGAGGAAGGCGGCGUUGCUCUCCAUCUCAGAAAACAUUGAGAUGGAGCUGUUUUCUUCAGAGGAGCCCUGUGUGGUGACAUUUAAACUGGAGGUGGAAGAAGAACUCAGCUUUGACCAGAGACAUCUGGAGCAUCCUCUGGUCCCUGACUGUGAAGAAGAACCAGAGCUGCAGGUUGAGACCGCGACCAGGCCGCAGAACAAGCCCAAAACAGAGUCUCCCGCUAAGACUGAGGCUGAGCACUGCCUCCCUGUUCUAGGAUUCGUGGAGGGAAUUGAGAUAGAAAUGGAGGUGUUCCCUUCCCUUGGAUUGUCUGAAAGUAAGCUAUUGGAUAUAAAAUCACAUGAUCCUUCCAUCAUGACACCGCUGCAGCCGUUUUCAAACAAAGCCAGUCGUCUCAAGUGGAAGAGACUGACUCUGCAGAAGACCGGACUGAUUGUAAAAGAUGUGGUCUGUCUACCCAGAGGACACUACCUGGCACAGCUGGAGAGACAUAUUGUUCCACGAGGAAAAGAACGAGCAGCUCUAGCGGCCAUGGGAAUGACUGCUCGCAUCACCAUUGAUUAUAGCUGGUCGACCACUCAGAUGAAGAGUCGGCUGGCGACACUCUUCCAGGGGCGGUUUGUAAAACGGGUGGGACAAAGGUUCUCCUUCACAUAUCUACAGUGUGUGCCGGGCUCCGGGGUGCUGUUUGUCCCAGACACCCCUGCAGAGGGCUGGACUGGAGAGCAUGUGCUCCAGACUUCUGGACUUGGUGCUUUGUACAUCCUCAGCCACCAGGACUAUCCACAGGCAGAAUCAAAGAAGUCAGCAAGUGACACACCUGUGGUGAAUAUGAAGGAGUUUUGUCUGGAGGCUAGUACAGAGAGCUGCCCGGAAGAAGAAAAUCAUCUGGGAAUUCAGACCCAGCCCUGUGCUCCCAAUACCAAGGAGGAGUUCACACUCGACUUGGACUCAAUCCUGAGACUGUUCAGACAGGAGAAUAUGGAUGGAGGCGUAGAGACACACAUCCAGGUGAGGAGGAGACACCUGUUCCACAGCGCUCUGAAGGUGGUGAGGAGGCCGGGAUUCUGUUUCAGGACGAGGCCCAUCGUCUCCUUCAGUGGAGAGGAGACUGACGGCCACGAGGGACCCCUCAGAGAGUUCUUUAAGAUUUACUUUGCUGGAGCUGAUGCAAGGUUCUGUAUUUGAGGGUCUUCCAGGGCGUCUGUUCUUCAUUUACGAUCUCGCAGCUCUUGAAAACAGGAAGUAUUACAAAGCAGGUGUUCUGAUUGGCUGGUCUCUGGCUCAAGGCGGGCCUGGACCUCGUUGUCUACACCCUGUGCUCUACCAGUUGAUGUGUGGCCAGAAUCCAUCUUUGGAGGACUUCAGCUGGAGAGACGUUGUUGAUGUUGAAACACAGAUCCGACUCCAACAGCAGUAGAGAGAAACUGACCACAAAUAGAUUUACCGAACCGGUUCACCUCCAGUCAAAGACUUUUGGACUACAGAGUUGUACUGAUGUGAAGCUGCUUCCUUCCAGUCUGUGUGACUGACUGUCGAACUGUGGGAUCCCUGGAGUCUAUUCAGCCCAUUCUGAUGAAAUACCAACCAUCUAUAUCCACCUGGUCAAACAUUGCAUCUACUACAGGGUGGCCAGUAUGAUCUCCCAGUUCACAGAGGGGCCGAACAGCUGUGGUGGAUUGUGGGCUAUGGUACAGUCCCACCGUGAGGCGUUUGUGCCAGUGAUGACGAGCGCACAGCAGCAGCCUCUGACCCUGGAAGAGUUCAAACCGCUUUUUAAUGUCUGCUACAGCCGUCCAGACAGCCAGCUGAGGGCGGCUGAGGAGGCAACAGCUGGACACUGGGAAACAGUUCUCACCUUGGUCAGCGAUGGUCAGGCAGAUUUUUCCUUUGAAGUCCUCCUCGCCUUCAUCACUGGAGCUGAUCAUCUGCCUCCUCUUGGGUUUCCCAGAUUGAUCUCCCUGUGUUUUUACUCCCAGGAUGCGAGCAUGUCAGGUGUGCGUCUGCCCCACGCCUCCACCUGUGCUCUGGAGCUCUUUCUGCCAAGGGGAGCGGCAGGGGCUGCAGACCUGAGGGUGCUGCUAAGCAGAGCCAUGCACGAGGCGCUGGGCUUUACACAGUUUCCAGACAGAGGGAGAUGGAGAGGGCAGCUGCAUAGAAGUGAUGACAAAUGUAUGAAGUGGAUGACUUCCUGGAUACUUGAGGUCCUGCUGAAGCUGAAUUUGUGGCGCGCAAAGGUUUCUGCAGGAUAUGAACAAUGUGACUGAAAAGAAAGCCACAGUUACAGUUGAGGUAGAGACCAAUGUUUGUAUUGUUGAAAGCUGUAUUCAAUCAGAGUCAGGUUUAUAAAAGCAGCUAUGCACAAUGCUGUAAUUCAUUUUGUGUCAUGGGAACGAUUAUGUCUUUUAGAUGAGUUUAGGAAUGGUUUUGGCUAUUGUAGAUCAGAUAUGAUGAAUUGUCUUGACAUACAUGCAUGCUCUUGAUUGUUGACACAGAAACUGGAAAGUGAAUUUAUAUGCUAUAUACUUAUAAUAACUCUCAUAGAUUGAAAUUCAAAUUCAAGAACAAUUUGUCACCGGGGGGCAAUUUGAAGCACCACGCGUAAAGUAGUACAUUAUAUUAAAAAUGCAAUAUACAAGACACAAUAAUUUAAUUCUUUAAGUUAAUAUUGUCAUUCAUGUUUUGUUUAAUCUUUCAAGUUUUCCAAUAUACUGUAGAUACAGAUUCCAAAAUCAUGCACCAGACUGCUUCUUUUUGACAUCUUACAAAAUGGCUAGUUUAAAUACUUCUUGCAUUGUGUCUCUGCUGAUUAUUUUAUCAUUUGAUUUAGUGAGGAAAAAUGUUUUACACAAUUAAUAUAAAUACAUUUCACUUAUUAUACUUUUUUGUAUUUCACAUUUUUUAAGGAAGAUCUCAACAAAUAAUUUAUAUAUAAUUCUAUUUGCUUUAAAAUCAAAUGUUGAAUUUAAUUUCCAAGGAUUUAUUAACGGUGAUAUAGCUUUAAGAGAAAGUGAAUGCAAACAAAAUGUUACAUGUCAAAUCAUGUUAAAGUAUAAUUUAUCAGAACAAUAAAUAACACUUUUAGUGCAAAAAUAAUAAUUGGAAAAAAUAUUUAAAUGUGCUGCAUAAUCUUGCAGCAGAAGCAUAAGAAAUGGCUAAUACAUACUAGCCUAAGUUCAGGAUCAGAAAUGGUUUAUCCUGCUUAAAUAGGUCACAUUUAUACAUUUCUAUAUAUUUCACACCUAGUAAAUUAAUUACCAGGAGAGGGAAAUUAACCAAAUGGACAAAAAACUGAAACGGAGCCAAAACCACACAAACAUACACGCCUAAUCAUUAACGUAUGCCUCAAGCCCAUGUAAGCUGCUCAUCCAGUUACAGAGCAUAGGAAUUAUUGACACACCUUAAAAACCUCUUUGACAGGUCUGAAUGCUUGGUGUGAGCUUCCCAUUGUACUGUGCAAAUCAUUUGACACAUCUCCAUUUUUCACAUUCUUGGGACUAUUUCUUGGGGAUUAUAAAGUCGUCACGUUGACUCUUAAAUGUUUCUAUUUAUUUAAUUCGAAUGAUGAGAAAGAAGAUGGGAUUCAAUCUAAGCCUCUUUGUUUUAUCAAAACCUAUUUUUAAGUG